AUGGCUCUCCAAACCAUCGUUCAGUAUGAGGAUAUUCCUGAUGACCUACGCCAAAUCGGGGAUGAUAUAGUGCUUGCGUACAAAUCUUACACAUGGGGUCGAGUACUAGGAGCUGGUAUGAAGCAAGGCGAUGAUGAAACGCAUGAAGCAGCGAUGGCGGAAAUCAAGGAGGAACUCUGGAGACUUGCAUUCAGUCCUUCUAACGAGUCGGCGUGGAAUCCCCUGCUCUCAGUUCCCAAGGCCAACCUUCCCGACGCACCAAAACACAAAGAUCUCCGCGUUUCGUGCGGCUUCUUGUCCACCCACGCGCCGCCCUCCACAUGCAAAGCCCGCAUGAGCGCCAGAAAUAAGAUAAAACCUCGCACUGACCAAGCCCGCCGUCAAGGUGAGCGCGUAUACGUGCAGCCUCGCCCCCGCCACCGGAAGCCGGAUGAGAUCGAGUACUUUUGGGCUGACGAGAGAGGGAAAGGCGUCGACCUGAAGAUUACUAACCUGUAUACCUCUGGCACACCGGAACUGAUUGAAAAGGUCAAGGUGAUGGCUAUAGCGCAGAGAGAUGAGAAGGUGAUGCAACACGCUAUUCAGCAUAACAAGGAGCUGGCAGCCUACUGGCUGAGGUGCCGCUUGGCCAGAGCUUUGCAAGAACGAUUUCCCGAAAUCCCAGUCCAGCAACGGGUGUCUAAUCCCACGAGGGCUGACUUUGAAGAGUUUAUCCAACCAUUGAUUCUCCAUACCCUCAUUCCGGAGGACGAAUUAAAGAAAAUUCAGGAUGAACAUCAUGCGUUGUUCGAGAAACUAGCAGAUGGUUCCUAG